AUGACCUCUCCUUACAUCCCCGGCCGCCUUGAUGGCAAAGUCGCUGUUGUAACUGGUGCCGGUCGCGGCAUUGGCGCAGCUAUUGCCUUACAGCUGGGAGAAUUAGGAGCCGACGUCGUGGUCAACUACGCCCAUUCGCCCGAAGCUGCCAAUACGGUCGCUGCCAAAAUCAAGAUGUUUGGAUGUAAAGCCUACACGUUCCAGGCCGAUGUGCGCAAUGUGGCCGAUACGGUCAGGUUGUUUAAUUUUGCCGUCGAAAGUUUUGGGAAGCCGCUCGACAUUGUAGUCAGCAACGCAGGUGUUGUUAGCUUUGGACACCUCAAGGACGUCACCGAGGAAGAAUAUGACCGCAUUUUCAAUCUCAACACGCGCGGCCAAUUUUUUGUGGCCCGUGAAGGCUACCGCACGCUGCGCGGCGACGGUGGUGGCCGCAUCAUCUUAACGUCGUCCAACACGUCGCGCGACUUCAGUGUGCCGCAUCACUCGCUCUAUUCCGGCUCCAAGGGGGCCAUCGAUUCGUUUGUGCGCAUCUUGUCCAAAGAUUGCGGCGACAAGAACAUCACGGUUAAUGCAGUGGCACCCGGCGGCACCGUCACGGACAUGUUCCACACCGUGUCACAUCGCUACAUCCCGGGCAGCGAAAAGUACACGGCUGAAGAGCGGCAGAAGAUGGCGGCAUUUGCGUCACCGCUGAACCGCAACGGCUUUCCCGAGGAUGUGGCGCGGGUGGUGGCGUUUCUGGCUAGUAAGGACGGCGAGUGGAUUAACGGAAAAGUUCUAACUCUGGAUGGAGGAGCGGCUUGA